ACAAUUCUCGCCCCUUACUAUUUCCCUUUUCUUCUUUUUUUCCUUAUUUUUUUCAUCUGAAUCCCUGUACCUUCUUUAUUUAUCCUUUUUUACUAACUUGAUAACUCUUCAAGUACUGACUCUGAUAAUGAUGAUAGAUGACAGUUAUGGACCGCCCAAUGUUAUUGUUACGUUAGACAAUUGUAAAGUACCAACGAAGCGAAGGUUAUCACAAGCCGAAUCAUCUUCAAACAAAAUACCGAGAAGACGAAAGCGUUUCAACAGUGUCGGAUCAACCAGUAUCCCGAGAGGAUACGAUGAAAAUGAAAUGUUGGAACAAAAAGAUGACACAUAUCAUUCUCUUUCGACAACGACCACAAAGCAAGACGGCUCGACAUCGCAAACAAGCCGGUGGCCCUGCCAUACAUGUGUACUCUUUAACGAGUCGCCGUAUUUUGCCGCACUAUUCGGCGAGAAUUUCAGCGAAUCCAAAGAUUUUAUUGUCUACUUACCAUCGACGUUCAUAAAACGUUCAGCGUUAGACAGUAUUCUGAAAUACAUGUAUACACUGACUAUCCAGAAACCCAAAAGUUUGAAAGAGCUGUGUGAUAUGUAUUCUGCUGCCGACUAUCUAGGAAUGGAUAAAUUAUGUACCACCUUAACGGAAUUACUGAAUGAGGCGGUUCAUCACUGUGUGUGUUAUUGUACUGCUUCAUGCAUCGAAUCAGUACCUGAAUUGUUUCUUUUCAGUCGCACUCGUGCUGUGCAACUCCAAGACGAGAAAAUGGCCAAGAUGACGCAGAAAGUAAUUUCUGUCCUCGCCAAUGACCCUGAAAAGACGUUGUCUACGUAUUGGUCGAGUCGUCACAUGGCUUCCCUUUUGACACGACUGCCAGCAGACGUGAGUCAGGCGUUAUCACAGAAAGUGCUUUAUCGUGUGAAUAAAUCCAAUGCAAUUGAAUCCCUUUAUGCGUGCUUCACAGCGUCCAACUCGCUCUCCGUGACAGAUCCCCUUCUUUCUUGGAGCAAACCGCUGCAUGCAACACUCACGUCUGUCCAGUCUCGUGCAACAAGAAUAAUUGCCCGCCAUUUUGACUUUUACUGCUGUCAAUAUCCCGCUCUUUUAUCAUGCAUUGAUGGGAUCACCUAUUCCAUCGAGUUUUUGGAAUAUCUAUUGUUGCAUAUAUUGGAAGAUCAAAUGGAUUGCAGCAAUGUAGGCAAAUUAUAUCAGGGCAUCGUCUGCGACCUAAUGACCCGACAUGCUGUUCAAUACAAUGAGCAAGUCAAGCAUAUCUUGAACGUUGCCAAAGUGAUGAUUACACAUUAUAUUACAAGACGCAUCAGUGAUAUACGCAGAGAAAAAGGGUUAGAUGAAUUGGAGAAGCCUGUUUUGAAGCAAUUAGCUGAUGAACUGGGUGUGCGACCCAAAUCACUUAUUAGCUCAAGCCAUCCUUUAUUUCAUCGUGGAUUAUUUUCAUUCUUCUUGCCUGCCAUUCCAACAUUACAACCCUCGUCCUCCUCCGCUUACACUCGCAGAAGUCUGUCCCGACACUCAUCCCUCUCAACUACAACCCAUACCACCCUACGAUGUGCAAGUUUACCUGUGAGAUCUACACCGGACAGUCGGUAUAGCACCCUUACUUCGACAAGGACCAGCAGCAGUUCUUUCACAGGUCAAUUGACGAAAUGGUUCAGGAAACUUAGCCAUAGAAACCAUACAUCUACAAAUCGAUUAUCUAAUCGAACAUUAUCCACCUCCACAGCUCAGACAAGCAUGUCUGCUCAUUCUUCUUCAUGGUCACACAUCAACCUCACCACUACCUCUACGUCAAAAAUAAAGAGAGAAAAACCAGUCAUUUCCUUCUCGACGAUAAAACGAAAAAAGCCCUCCGAAAAUAGCGCCCAGCAACAAGUGAGUGCGCCUCUUGUUGGAAUGCAUAGAAGAGUUCAACUGAACCGCCGACCUACAUUGACGGUGGGUACAGUUGCAUUUGUCGGACAUGUCAAUUUUGCAGAAGGUAUAUGGAUCGGUGUGGAGCUUGAUAGGAGAGUUGGGAAAAAUGACGGUUCUGUAGAUGGUUAUCGCUAUUUUGCAACAUCUCCUAAUCGAGGAGUCUUUGUUCGACCUGAAGAUGUAUCACCCGUCCUUUAAAGCACUAUACAAUACCAUGCAGUUUAUACCACUAUCCUUACGAGUACGCCUUUUUUUUUUUUUUUUACUUUUUGGUCAUGCUUCUUUUAUGUGCCGUUCUACUAUGUAUG